UCCUCCUCCUCUUCUUCAAUUCUCCCGGUGUCUCUGCUCCGCUCGCCGGCUUCCGAGAAACCCCUACUUCAGUAGCCGACCCAGCGCCUAGGCGGGUUGCCUUGGGCUGGGGGCACAUCCCGGGGAGGGGAGCGGUCCAGGCAGCUGGGCGGCCGCGGGCACCUAGUCGCUCCCGGGUGAGCCCCGACCGCAGCCGUCGCAGCCUCGGGCAGAGUUUGCGCUCCUGCUUUGCGCCGGGGGCGCCGAAGACGGGCGGGCGAUGCCCGCGGCGUGAAAGCGCCCGCGGCGGGCGCUGACCUCUGCCCUGGUCUCUCGUCCCCUCCCGCACCCACCCCCCCACCCGCCCCGUGCCCUUGUGACCCUGGCUUUGGCGCCGCCGACCAGGCGCCCCGCGAUGUAGCUGCCCCCGCUCCUCGGCGGGAGGCGUCCUGGCCCGCGGGCGCCCGGGGCCCGGAGCCCGGCCUGGGGGCACAGCCGAGCUCGGGCGGGGCCGGGGCCGCGGUGGCUAUGCACCGGGCCCGUUAGCGCGGGGAGCGCCAGGCAGCUGAGGCGGGGGGCAAGCCCUCCCGCGGAGGAGCCGCGCCCCCGGCCCCGCCGGUCCCGCCGCGAUGCUGUUCCACAGUCUGUCGGGCCCCGAGGUGCACGGGGUCAUCGACGAGAUGGACCGCAGGGCCAAGAGCGAGGCUCCCGCCAUCAGCUCCGCCAUCGACCGCGGCGACACGGAGACGACCAUGCCGUCCAUCAGCAGUGACCGCGCUGCGCUCUGCGCCGGCUGCGGGGGCAAGAUCUCCGACCGCUACUACCUGCUGGCGGUGGACAAACAGUGGCACAUGCGCUGCCUCAAGUGCUGCGAGUGCAAGCUCAACCUGGAGUCGGAGCUCACCUGUUUCAGCAAGGAUGGAAGCAUCUACUGCAAGGAAGACUACUACAGGCGGUUCUCUGUGCAGCGCUGCGCCCGCUGCCACCUAGGCAUCUCGGCCUCGGAGAUGGUGAUGCGAGCUCGGGACUUGGUUUAUCACCUCAACUGCUUCACGUGCACUACGUGUAACAAGAUGCUGACCACGGGAGACCACUUCGGCAUGAAGGACAGCCUGGUCUACUGCCGCUUGCACUUCGAGGCGCUGCUGCAGGGCGAGUACACCGCGCACUUCAACCACGCGGAUGUGGCAGCCGCAGCGGCGGCAGCUGCCGCGGCCAAGAGCGCGGGGUUGGGUGCAGCCGGGGCCAACCCUCUGGGUCUUCCCUACUACAAUGGCGUGGGCACGGUGCAGAAGGGGCGGCCGAGGAAGCGCAAGAGCCCCGGGCCCGGGGCGGACCUGGCGGCCUACAACGCUGCCCUGAGCUGCAACGAGAACGAUGCGGAGCACCUGGACCGCGACCAGCCGUACCCGAGCAGCCAGAAGACGAAGCGCAUGCGCACCUCCUUCAAGCACCACCAGCUUCGGACCAUGAAGUCUUACUUUGCCAUUAACCACAACCCCGACGCCAAGGACUUGAAGCAGCUCGCGCAAAAGACGGGCCUCACCAAGCGGGUCCUCCAGGUCUGGUUUCAGAACGCCCGGGCCAAGUUCAGGCGCAACCUUUUACGGCAGGAAAACACUGGCGUGGACAAGUCGACGGAGGCGGCGCUGCAGACGGGGACGCCGUCAGGACCGGCCUCGGAGCUGUCCAACGCCUCGCUCAGCCCCUCCAGCACGCCCACCACCCUCACAGACUUGACUAGCCCCACCCUGCCGACUGUGACAUCCGUCUUAACUUCUGUGCCUGGCAACCUGGAGGGCCACGAGCCUCACAGCCCCUCGCAAACGACUCUUACCAACCUUUUCUAAUGAUUCUCGGUCCCCCGCCCCCGCCCCACA